GGAGAUAUUAUCAUCGAAAGAAAUCGAGUUUACAUGCUGUUAGGAAGCGGGCGGAUCCGCUGUUUGAGUCUAAUAUCUGUCUACGCACUCCUAUAAAUACCGAAAACCCAGACGAAAGCCUCUCUUUUACCUCCUAUUUCUGCGCAGAUCCAAAAAAACCCUAGAGAGGUGAGGGAGAAGGAGAGUACAACAGUCGGGAAAUUCAGAAGCAAAACAGAUCGAGGAAGAAAUCCUCGUCUCUCACCUCUCUGCGCCGGCGAUCUAAAUCUCAUUUUAGUUGUUUAGCAGAGAUCAGAAGGUGAUGGCGUCUGCAGUGCAGCAAGGUCCAGCUGUAAUUCCCAACCCAACUGCUGAUGUUGUUGCAACUGCAUUUGUCCAUCAAUACUACAAUAUCUUGCAUCAAUCACCCGAGCAUGUUCACCGAUUUUACCAGGAUAUUAGCAAACUUGGUCGUCUUGAGGAAAAUGGAAUAAUGGGUAUCACAACAACCAUGCAGGAUAUCAAUGAGAAGAUACUCUCCCUUGAUUAUUUAAACUUCAAGGCAGAGAUAUCAACUGUGGAUGCACAAGACUCUCAUAAUGGGGGAGUCCUUGUUCUUGUGACUGGUUUUCUGACUGGGAAGGAUAAUUUGAGGCGGAAGUUCACGCAGAGUUUCUUCCUGGCCCCCCAAGACAAUGGCUACUUUGUUUUAAAUGAUGUGUUGAGAUAUGUUGAUGAUGCCAUAUAUCAAGAUUGGAACAAGGGUCCUGUUAAUGAUGUUGAAGCGCCUCUGAUACCUGAGAAGGAUGCUUCACUGGCUGAGGAGAACCACCUUGCUGAAAAACCAUAUGUUUCUGCUGAGGAAGUCAGUGGGGCUGAAGUUUACAAUCCUACCUGGAAUGAGAGUUGUGCUGUUACUGUUGGGGAAGAGGAGGUACCUGUGCCUGAGGUUGUUGAUGAAAUUCCUGAUGAUUCACGGAUUGUUGCUAAUUCUAACUCCAAAACUGAAGAAGUUCCAAAGAAAUCAUAUGCAUCUAUUGUGAAGGUCAUGAAAGAGAAUGCAGCUCCUGUAUCAGUACCUGCACAUUCUCCUGUGACAGUACCUGCACAUUCUCCUGUGAAAUCUGUGGUUAAAAGCCCUGAGCAACCUGCAGCUGCUGUAGCACCUCCAGCCCCAGCAUCUGAAGCUCAGGUUUCAAGCACUAUUGUUCUUGAAAAUGAGAACAAUCGAGAUGGAGAAGCUGAGGGUCUCUCCAUCUAUGUCAAAGGUCUGCCUGCGAAUGCAACACCUAGCAUGCUGGAGAAUGAAUUUAAAAAGUUUGGACCUAUCAAGUGUGAUGGUAUUCAAGUUAGAAGCCAAAAGGGAUUUUGUUUUGGUUUUGUGGAGUUUGAAGUGGCAAGUGCAGUGCAGAGUGCAAUUGGGGCCUCACCAAUUACCAUUGGUGGAAAAAAGGCUGUUGUUGAAGAGAAGCGAUCUACUCGAGUGAACAAUAGAGCUCGUUCCUCAGCUGGUUCAGGAGUAGGAUAUAGGAAUGAUGGAGCAAGAGGACGUGGUAACUAUGGGGGUGGCAGGGGCUAUAACAGGGGUGAUUUUGGUAAUAGGGCUGAAUUUGGAAACAGAAAUGGCAGUCGGGGUGGAUUUCCAAAUCGUGGUGGUGAUGGAUAUCAGAGUUAUCGCGGAGGUGAUGGAUAUCAGAGGGUCAAUCAUGUAGGGGGCAAUGGUGGAAGUGUUAAUCGCAGUGGACUGGCUGUUAAUGCAGCAGCCAAGAAUGUGGCGCCAAGGGUUUCUGCGCGUGCUUGAGGAAAUUGUUGUGGUAGAACUGUGGUUAGGGGCAAACUCCAUUUCUAGAGUAGGUUUUUGAAGUGAUUGCAUAGCAUUUAGAGAAAAGCAGGGAAGAGUUUUCACAAACCAGUUUUCCAUCAUCAUUUUGUCCAUUUUACAUAGAACUUUUUGUCGGUAGUCGAUUCAUACUUUUUUAGUGUAUUACAAGGCCCAUGCUUGUCGUAGGUUUCCUUCCGAGUUUAAUUUUGAGUAUUAGUUUACUCAUAGGAUUUUGAUUUGUUGCUGUUAAAUGAUAUAGAUGCUGGAAGGCAGUGAAAAUGGUUCUGCGGAACACAUUCUGUGAUCGGUUUCAGAAACUGACUACAUUAGUUUGCUUUUGAAUGUUCUAUUAUCCUGAAUUCUUUGUUAUCAAUAACCUGUUUUGUUGGCUAAAGUGUGUUGUUAAGAAGUUGAAAUCCCUCUGAUGCCAUAUGAAUGUAAUCAAUAUGUUGUGCCAUG